AAGAAUGAUGCUAAAUUACAAAAACAUGUUUUCUGCCAUAUCAGGGCUGAGGAAAGCAGAGAAUGCCUGGAGGAAAAAGUGGCCGAAUACGCAAAGUAUAUUGCGAAAAUGAAGUGUGGUAUAUUGAACCGUUUGGAACUUGCCGAGUGUCAAACACAAACAGUCAUAGAUUCGCAUUCAUCACGACUGACAGAGGCCAGGGAGACAAUUUCGCGACUUACCUCUGAACUUGAACAUACCCGCAAACGCUUCGAAGCCGAAAGUCAACAAAUGAAAGAACGAGUAAACCACUUCAUAUCGACGGAAAUGGUAGCAGAGGCCAAAGCGGCGACAAAGAGACUGCAGGAUAAGGAGGCACAGAGCGCUGCUUCGGCGGCACAUUCGGCGGAAAUGUUGGCGGAGGCGCAGCAGAAAGCCUCACGACACGCCGCCCGAGCCACCAACUUGGUCACUGUGGUAGAGCGGUUGCGAGGACAGUUUGCUGAGGCUCAAAAAAAUCGAGAUGAGACUCAGGAGGUCCUUAAAAAGAUGACAGAGAAGUCUCUAAAGACUGAAUCCCUCCUGAUCAGUGCGAAGCGCCGGUGUGAAGAUUUGACUGUGCGUGUAGAGGAUCUCGAGACUGAAAACGGUCGUCUAAAAGAUGUCAUCAAGGGAUCGGAAUUGGAGAUAUCGCGCCUCAAACAGGCUACUUCUAACGCUUGUAACAACUCUGAACAUUGGCAGCAUGAAUAUGAAAAAGCAAAUACCAAAGUGAAAGAACUGACCGCCGCAUUGAUUAGCGCUUCAGCUCAGCGCGAGUCAGCAGUGGAAACUGAACGAGUUGCGGAGCUUCAAGUGGAGGUGCGUGCACUGCGGCAGCAGGCAGCAGAGUUUGUGGCGCUCCAGGCCGAGGCAACGGAGGCGAGGGCAGCAGAGGAGGCAGAUCGACUGCACACUCUUCGUUCCUGCAUUGAGCACGAACUGCGGCCUCACCUCAACAGUGCUGAUGAACGCAGUGAUUGUCUCUUUAAGCGUGUCGAUUUUGGCACAGAGAAUAUGCUAACCCAACUUCUCAUCUCCUUUGGCUUCUACAAGGAAAUAGCUGGAUGCGAUUAUGCCCACCUGGAAGCCGUAAGCUUUGCCCGUUUUUCCUUGUUAUUUAUAAAGGCACUCUGUCAGGAGCGGGAUAUGCUGCUUCUCCAACUCUCGGAACAGCAGUCAAUGGAGAAAGAGUGGGAGAGUUUUUUGGAUGGAAUCGAGAGUCUCAUAGACCGCCUUGUUAGUAGCGUACGUCAUGAGGAGAAGGUGAUGAAGUAUGAAAUGGCCAUUCAAAAAUCAGCCAACGAGAAACUCGUCCAAGAGCUAAAGGUUGACAAGGUCCAAAUCGACACCCUGACGGCUGAUCGAAAUGCUCUGUGGAGGUCCCUGAAGGAGCGCACCAAUAAUGUUGAGUGUUGGAACCGAGACAUGGGUCGCCUUCAGGAGGAGCUUGCAGAGUCUCGCAAAAACUUACACAGUGUCACUAAGGAGCGCGAAACCGCCCUCGCCUCGCUGCGUCAAGUGGAGCAAUGUUUAGACGAACAAAAGGAGGUCUUCUGCGAGCGAGUGAGGGAACUGGAGAAGCAGGUCAAAAUUCGUGAAUGCGAGCUGCAGGACCUGAAAUGCAUAUCCGAUAAAAAGCUUUUCGACCUCGAGGCUGAGUUGGCAAAAGAGCGAAUGGAGAAGGAGGCGUUAAUUGCAACGGAAUUGUGUGCCGGCCAGGACAGUGCACUCGGUUACGGCAAAGCGACUGGAGGACCAGAGAUAGAGGAGCUUCGAGCGCAGUUGGCAGAGCGUGAUGCUGAGAUGGCUCGACUUGAGGUCCUUUCGCAAGAGCGCGCCCAGCUCAUAGAGAAACGGGCUGCCGAACUGGCUGACCUUAAUGUAGGCGGUUGUUGGUGUGGAGUAAAUCCUCUCUGA